AUGAGCAGUUUGCCCAACAUAACGAACGCGAGUAAAGGUCGCUUUACUAAAGUCUUCCAUUUUGACAACAAACAUAAGAUUGAACAGAGGGCCCGGGAUGAGCUCCUUGCCGUGACGGCUUUACAUCCUGGUCUGUUCUACACAAACAUGCAAUGGUCUCAGUAUUGCCAGCGUCAAGACGACGGAACAGUCCGAUUUUGCGCCCCAAUAGAUGGGAACAAACUUGCUGAUUGGGUUGAUCCAAGCUAUGAUAUUGGCGUAUACGCUGCUGAAAUAUUUUCCCUGGGUCCAGAGAAAACAGCAGCAAAAACGUAUCCUGUUGUUGGCCCGAAGCUUUCAUUUGCUGACUUCGCAAGAGUGUUCAGAGAGAUCACUUCCCAGGAAGCCACCUUCGACCCGAUAACACUUGAUCAAUGGGGCGCUACGGUGGCGGCGACUGUUGGCAAAGGAUAUGAAGAAGAUAUCAAACAAAUGAUGGAAUGGAUCGCUGUGGCUCCAGAUGACAAGAUCUGUUACGGAACAAGGGAUCAGACUGAGGAUACAUCAUAUGAAGAUCUGGGAGUUAAGGCCAGUACUUUGGCGGAUUGGAUGCGAAGGACUGCAUGGCAAGGACCACAAACUGGGCCUAAUGGAGGUCGAUGGUUUGGCCUCUCCCUACCUGACCGAAAAUCGACAAAAGAAAAGGGUGUGGCUAAACCGGAUCCAACUCGUAUCUAUCUGAUGGGCGAUCCCUGUACUAGCCCAUCGAUAAGGUCAAGCCCUAAUGGAUUUGUUCGAACACGCUGA